UAUCUUUUCUGCUUCACUUCCAUCUCAAGUUCUGGUUCACAUAAUUAGACAACACUUACUGAGGGCCCAUUAAGUGGCCGGGCACUGUGCCACAUGCUUUGUUUAUACGUUCUCAUGUAAUUGUCACAACAAUUCUUAGCGGUUAUUUUCUCAUCCCCAUUUUACAGAUGAAAUGGAGGCUGGGGAGAGUAAGUCACUUGUCCAGGGUUACAUUGUUAAAAGCUGAGCAAUUAAAACCAAACAGCAGUGGGGAUAGGCCCUCAGAAGACAUUUCUACUCCUGGCUUGGUCACUGCUCAGAUAUGUCACAUGUCCUCUGGGCCUCAGUUUCCCAGCUUGAAGAGGAUGCAGCCUCUCCAGAAGUUGCCUUCCACAGCCUGCGACAGCUUCCCAGGGCGGGCGGGCUGCUUUGUUUCCACACUCAGCUGCUCUGGCUGGGGCCUCCCUGGGCUCUGCCCUGUUUUGUUUUUGCUGCUGGACCUACUACAGACGCAACCCUGGCAGCGCAGCCCGGAGCACAGCCGAGGCUUCCUCUUUCUCUCAGUUCCUGGCUGCUUCAGUAUGAACAGAAAAGGUGGGCAGGGGCCAACUGGCAGGAACCUCCGAAAUAGCAGCACAUGAUCCUCCUACGAGCAGCAGAAAGGCCAGCCCGCAAGACCUCGCCGCCUGCCCAACUCUGUCAUUGACUAAGGUUGCUUUUGUCAGUACAGCCGCCAGGGGUUUCCACGCUCAUUCCCCUCCAGACAGGGUGGACAGCUUUGGUGAUAGACAACUGGGAGGUAAAACUCCACAGAGCCAUGCCAGCGACUGACCGCCUAGGGACAGGAGAUGGAGACGUUCAGCUGCAAAGGCUACGGAGGAACCCCCGCAAUUGGAAUCUCUCCAUGUCUUAUGCAGCAUGGAACAUACUCCGGGACCUACCCGGGGCUCUCUCUGGCCACCUCUGAGUGCAAAGGAAAAGAGUGCAGUUCAAGGAAGGGAAUGUGUCUGUCAUCCCACCACAUGCGCACAAGGCCAGUUCCGGGAUCAGCAGGCUUCCUUCACCAGCACGGGCUCUUCAUUAGCAACCACUGGGAGGGAAUGUGUGCGGAGUCAUGUCAAGAUGGGAAGGCACAUGUUCCCAUCUUGAUAGCAGCAGAAAGAAAAACGGCAGCAGAAGGAAAACAGCAGCAGAAAGAAAAACUAGACUCAGAUGGGUUGAGAGGGCAAUGGCAAGCAAUCCUGGUACAUGUCAGCUGCAUCUGA